AUGAAAAAUAGCGACAAUGGUAAUGAUCAACCUGUAUCAACUAAAAACGACAUUGAUGUUUCAAACACGUACGCUAAAGAUUUGGAUUGUCCACAGGAAUAUGCAAAACAACUCCAGCAUAUCUUACCACGAUCUUUAUUGCCAUUAGGGAAUGAUGAUUUGAUUCGAAAUUUACCACCGUCGUUACGUGCUAUUAAUUUGAUGUGUUACUUUGGAGGCGAUGGAACAGGAACACCACUUCAUCAAGACAUCUCUGGUGCGAUUGGACACAAUAUUAUGUUAUUUGGUGAAGAGUCAGCAUAUGCUCAAUGGUUAGUGACUAGUAAGGAUGAUACGAAUCAUCUACGACAGGCAUGUCGGUCUGCAUGGAAAGGUCGAGAAAAGUGUUCUUUUGUGGAAAGUGAACAAACAUGUAUAUCCCUGGAUGUGUUGGCAAAACGCAAUGUUAAGACCCAUGUUAUUCUUCAACAACCUGGUGAUCUUGUGAUUAUACCAAGUUUAUGUUUUCACCAAGUGACAAAUAUCGGUCUCUCCUUCAAAGUGGCCUGGAAUCGGAUUACACCUCACUCUUUACUGAACAGUUUCAAGAUUCAAUUACCUUUAUACCGAUUUAUUGGUCGACCUGAGUUAUAUAGAUGUAAAGCUACUAUCUACUUUGCUCUAAAGCAGAUCGCCGUCGAUAUACCAAAACUAUCAUCAACAAUGCAGCAACAACAAUCAUUCCUUGAAAAAUGUCGCAUCUUACUUCAUCUAUUCGCGAAUGAUGUAAUACUGCCUGAACUGAUCGAGCCUUUUCCUUUUGACGACGAUGCAGAGGAUGCCAUUCUUCAAGACAAACAACUGAAAGCAAGAGAUAUUGGAUUCAACAGGACAUGCGACUUUUGUUGUGGUGACAUCUUUCAUCGUUAUUAUUCUUGUACAGAUUGUCAGCUAGAUUUAUGUCUAUCGUGUUAUGUAUCAGGACGUUCAUGUGCUCAUCCCAAUGCAUUUCGAAUGCAUGAACCUUAUUCUCAUGGCAUUGACAACACUGAUCCAUUCCAUUUGCGAAACGGUAGUAUGAUGCAAUAUAUUCAGCUUUAUUAUGAUAUCUUGGACAAGUUACAUAUGGCUUUUGGAUCCUGUUCUAUUAUACCUGAAUAUUCAUCAUUGUAA